AUGGACCAGGUAUUCACAUUCGUUCUCCGCAAAUCCGGCGCCGAGUGGACUGUGAAGCAGCACUCCGGCGACAUCGAGGACUCCGCCUCCUCCACCUACGACCUUCAACGCAAGCUCGUCAAUGCCGCUCGCGCCGCUGAUUCCUCCGGCGCCGUUCAGUCCUCUUUCUCUUUCGUUUCUCCCUCCUCUGCUGUCUUCCAGGUGGUUGUGGGUGGUGCAGUCUUCGUUGGAGGUGGUGCUGUUACUGCUGCUCCUGCUGGUGGUGCUGCCGCAGAGAGCGCCGCCGCCCCUGCUGCCGAGAAGAAAGAAAAGAAGGUCGAGAAAGAGGAAGACGAAGAUUUUGGAAUGUCACUCUUUGAUUAAAGAAUUCUCGUUUUACCUGAAUUUAGCUCACAAAAAGAUGCUGCUUACUACCAUCCUAGACCGAGGGAGGGGACGGCGUGGCUGAUGAGGAAGACGGCACGGCACUGCGAAGAAAAAGAUUGCGUUGGGGUUUCUUUCCAGUUGUAAAUUGGGCGGGUUAUAUUUGACCCGGGCCUGUUUGGCCAUGAUUAGAAAAAAAAACAUGCUA